GUUGAAGAUUUCAGACCAGGCUAUCCAAGAUUCACAGCUCUUAUCGCGUCGCAUAGCCCAUUUUUUAUCUUUCGACGCUUCAAAAGGCUCCGAGCACGGCUACUGUUACUAAAACAAGACCAGCUGUCAAUCCUAGAGAGUGAACUCGACCAGAUCGAUCAACUGGAGAAGGCACCUAUCUUUCUUGGAAAGAGUCGCAUCGAUAGAAAUGCUGAAAGGUUAUCGGUCUUAUCGAGGAUAGAGUCUGCACUAGCUGACUAUGAUAGCUUUAUAGAUAAAAGUAAUCUAGCACUGACUCUCAGCGAUGCGGAAUCAAGAGAUGUGCGAAGCCUUAGGAACUGGGUUGAUGGUAACGGAUGUCUGGCUGGGAAUGAGACAUCUUACCUUGAGCAUGAUUGCGACCUUGUCUCGUUAGUCCCAACGAUUGAUAACGCAGUCAAAGGGUUUGAGAGUUGGAUUGAAGAAAAACUUGUGCAGUUCUUGCCCAAGUUCCGAGAAAGCAAUAGAUAUGUUUCAUCCGACCCGAACGUCCAUAUAUACAACGGUCCUUUUGUUAGUCGUGUUGCCAAAGGACUAUUGAUAUGCUUGGUUACUUUGCUUCUACUACUGCCAAUCGUUGUUUGUAACGUUGUGUCGACAGCCGCGGUUCGGAUUUUUAUUGUCAUGCUGUCUACUAUCGUUUACCUUUUGGUACUCUCUGGAUUGACGCGGGCGAAAACGACUGAACUUGUAGUAGCUGGUACAACAUAUGCCACUGUUCUUAUUGUAUUUGUGUCGGGUACCAGUGAUAAGGUACCCUGA